AUGUUUAAAAUUGUGGCUCUACUCGCCAUUAUCGCGCUGGUGGGUGCUGAGCUCAACUGCAUAGCUCUCCACAAACGCGACCACAAACUCAGUCGUCACCAUCUGAAGGCGAGGGCUAGUGCUCUGCGUCAGAAGUACGCGAAGUUUGUGGACAUCACCUACGAUUAUGGCCAGGACUACAACAACUAUGGCUCUAACCAGCCGGACUACGAUAAUGAUUCCAAUGUGGAGACUCUCUCGAACUCUGACAACAUGGACUACUAUGGCGUGAUUAGCAUUGGCAAUCCACCCCAGAGCUUCGAAGUGGUCUUCGAUACCGGCUCUGCCAAUUUGUGGGUGCCCUCGGCACAAUGCAAGGCCGGGGAUGUUGCCUGCCAGCAGCACAAUCAAUAUAACUCGGGAGCAUCAAGCACCUAUGUGCCAAACGGACAGAACUUCUCGAUACAGUAUGGCACCGGCAGUGUGUCCGGAUUCCUCUCAACCGACACGGUCACCAUUGCAGGUCUGUCCAUAACGAAUCAGACGUUUGGCGAGGCGAUUUCGGAGCCAGGCACCAGUUUCACGAACGUCGACUUUGAUGGCAUUCUCGGCCUGGGUUAUCAGCCCCUAGCUGUUGAUGAUGUAAUGCCACCUUUCUACAAUCUCUACAUGCAGGGACUCAUUGACUUGCCCCAAUUCGGCUUCUUCCUGGACCGCAAUGGCACCGCUCUCGAUGGCGGCUUCAUGACGCUGGGCAGCUUUGAUGCCACCUCCUACAGUGGUGCCAUGACCUACGUGCCUGUCUCACAGCCCGCCUACUGGCAGUUCGGCGUGAACAACGUCACCUUUAAUGGCAAUGUACUGUGCAAUAAUUGCCAGGCAGUUGCUGAUACCGGCACCUCGCUUAUCGCCUGUCCCCCUUAUGUCUACCAGCUGCUGAACAGCCUGAUUGGUGCCACGAACAUCGACGGGGACUACUUUGUGGAUUGCACCACAGUCUCCAGCCUGCCCGUGCUGAGCUUCUACAUUGGUGGCACCCUGUUCGUGCUUCCUCCCUCGGUCUACAUCACCCAGUUUUCGGACUCGGCCAACAACACGUACUGCAUGUCCAGCUUCACCUACAUAGGCACGAACUUCUGGAUUCUUGGCGAUGUCUUCCUCGGCCAGUUUUACACCGAAUUCGAUUUGGGCAACAACCGCCUGGGCUUUGCCCAAAUCAGUAAUUAAUAUGUGAUAUAAAAACAUAUUUACAAGUAAUAUAACAUGUGCUCGAUAUUUAA